AAGCCCGGGUAAAGAGGGAAGGUUAGGCAUAGGGCUAGCAAUCCUACACCGUAAAAUAAAUCCAACCGCUAAACAAACUUCAAAGCACAAACGAAAUAUAAAAAAUAAUAACAAAAUUACUCCUCGCUGGAAUCGGAGAGGCGAAAUGACCCCGGUUGGUGAAAGCCUUCCUUCGGGAAGCCAAUUCACAGGCCCCUGUGUCUUCUCUUCUCUCGAUGAAAGCGAAAGUAAACGUGGGAACACGGAAUGUCUGCACCACGUUUGAACCCAGCAAGGCAGCCCACAUUGCAAACGAGAUCAAGAGGUAUCACAUUGAAGUGCUAGGAAUUGGCGAAAGCAGAUGGAGUGGAAGUGGACUCUCCAAACUGUCAACUGCAGAAUCAAUAAUCUACUCCGACAUUGUCACACAGACGACAACCACGAGCACACUGAGUUCUCGAGUGGCUAUCAUCAUGUCCCCAACAGCACCAAAGGCUCUCAUGCAGUGGGAACCAAUCUCCUCAUGCAGGAUCAUGACAGCAAGAUGGAUUCAACUCAAAGGCAAGGAAGGUCACAAUCAUACAAUGCUACAUACACUACGCUAUGCACCUACAAGUAAUGCAGACGAAGAGAAGAAGGAGGAAUUCUACAGACAACUGCAAUCAACACUGGACAAGACCACAACUCAGUUGGCGACAUCAAAAUUCUAAUGGCUGGGGUGACAUGAAUGCCAAACUGCAUGGAGCGGAAAACACAGGAAGAGAACUAACUAUGGGCCGAGAAGCGCUAGGUGAGGUGAUGAACGAGAAUGGAGAAUUGUUUGCGGAAUUCUGUGCAUUCAACGAUUUGGUGAUUGGAGUCAGGCAGUGUGUUCAAGCACAAGGAUAUCCACAAAGCCAGCGACAUGGAUUUGAUUUCACCAGACACCAGGAAACACUGAAAAUCAAAUCGAUUUUAUCUCAAUCUCAAGAAAGUGGAGAUGCAGCCCACUUGACACAAGGUCAAGAAGAGGAGCAGAUGUAGGCUUACAUCACUCACUAUCUAGUGCAAGGAACCUACCUUCAAAAUCAAGUUAACAGCCUUCAAGGAAGCUGGUGAUAGACCACAGUUCAAGUACAACACCCAGAACAGAAACUGCACUUAAGGACGAAACUACAAAGGACAUCUUCACAUCA